CAGAUAUUUGCAGUGGAUUAUUGGGGCAUUAACUAAGAUAUUCAAAACUCCACAAAUUCCGGUUAUUAACAACUCGGCGUUAAAAAGAAGCUGGACUAACAAUAAAGUUCAUAAGGCACUAAAAGUUACUCAAAUUUGCCAUUAUAUCCAAAUAUAUAUAAAUAUUUAACGGAAAGAAGAAACAAAUAUGGCAUCAACAGCUGCAACAAAUGUAUCGUUAAGUAAGAAUGGUUUACCAUCUACAGACGGUACAGGAAAACCCCACGUUGGUGAAGUGAAAAGCUCAUCGAAUGCAUCCAGUAUGGAUGUUGAUGGUCCAUCAUCAGCAGCGAAAAAAUUAAAUUUGGAGAAAGCAACAAACUUUAUGCGACAAUAUCGUGAUCCACAAAGUAGAGAAUUACGUAAAUUAUCAGCGAAUCAAUUUAUGGAAGUAUGGAGUCAUUAUGAUAAAGAUGGAAAUGGUUACAUCGAAGGUACAGAAUUAGAUGGAUUUUUACGGGAAUUUGUAUCAAGUGCAAAUGUAACAGAUAUCAGUCCAGAGGCGGUGUCGGAUGCAAUGUUAGUGGAAUUAAAAGCAUGCUUUAUGGAAGCAUACGAUGAUAAUCAAGAUGGUAAAAUCGAUAUUCGAGAGCUCGCACAAUUAUUACCGAUGGAAGAAAACUUUUUAUUACUGUUUCGAUUCGAUAAUCCAUUAGAAUCAAGUGUUGAAUUUAUGAAGAUUUGGCGAGAAUAUGACACUGAUGGAAGCGGAUACAUUGAGGCUGAUGAAUUAAAGAAUUUUCUACGAGAUUUAUUAAAAGAAGCAAAGAAGAUUAAUGAUGUAUCAGAGGAUAAACUUAUCGAAUAUACUGACACAAUGCUACAAGUGUUCGAUUCAAACAAAGAUGGUCGCCUACAAUUAUCCGAGAUGGCAAAACUUUUACCGGUGAAGGAAAACUUUUUGUGUAGGCAAGUCUUCAAGGAAGGAAUAGAAGGAGCCACAAAGUUAACCAAAGUUGAUAUCGAACGAGUCUUUUCACUUUAUGAUCGAGAUAAUAAUGGAACCAUUGAAAAUGAGGAGCUUCGUGGGUUCUUAAAAGAUUUACUAGAACUCGUCAAAAAAGAUUAUGAUGCUCAAGAUUUAUUGGACUUUGAAGAAACAAUAUUACGUGGUGUUGAUUACAAUCAAGAUGGUAAAAUUAAUAAGAAAGAAUUGACAAUGAUUUUACUUGCGCUUGCAAAACAUAAUCAAGAAGAUGAAAGCUCAGCUUAA